UCGAAUUUGAAUUGCUGACGCGAAGUUUUUUCCUGAUCCGUCCAUCAAUGGAGUGUACGAUGAUGAUACACUCUUACGUCCAUAGAUUUGUAUAUAGUCGUAAGGAGCACCAACUACUUUGCAGGUUCGUUUUUAUUGACUGCAUCUAAACAAAAUCAUAGAGGUUGCUCUCUAACACACCAUGGAUCAUCAAAGCCGAGGAGGGUCAUGGAACUUGGUGCCAAGCGCCUCUCAAACCGAUGAACAACAACGGUUUCAUUCCUUGCCUUCUCAGUUCCACCUUUUACCUAUUAUUGAAAACUUAGCUGAUGCAAUAGAAGGUGGAACACGUGAUCAACACUCUGAUGCUCUGGUUAGUGAGCUUAGUACCCAGUUCGAUAAGUGCCAGCAACUUCUAAACUCCAUAGCAGCAUCUGUAAAUGCUAAAGCCAUGACAGUAGAAGGCCAAAAGUGUAAACUAGAGGAGUAUGAGAGGAUGCUAAACCAGCGAAGAGAUCUUAUUGCUGAGUAUAGAUGCUCUGUUGAAGAGUUCACCAAGUCAGGUUGCAACAGAUAGUAUAUGUAACUCAUAUGAAUAUUUUAUCUUUUCCUUUACUCACACUGAGAGACACGGUUGUUUCCCUUCUGAGUGAUCUCGGGAGUUUAUUUUGUACUCUAUUGGGGAAAAAAGUUGGGCCUUUUAUUAUUCAUUCACUCAUACUGCUCGGUAUAGAAGGAGUAGGAUAUCCUUAUAGGAGUUUCUUAAACUUUUUUAUGUUGUGUGAGCUUUGUUAGUAGAAUUGGGAAUGUUGUAAAAAUUUUUUGGGAAAGGUUAAUUGCAAUUACUCUCCUACA